GCUCAGAGGCUCAGCGGUAGGCAGUUGUCGCAGCAGCAGCAGCAGUAAACAGCAGAAUCAGACAUGGGCAUCGAGAAGUACGCUGGUCGAGUGGCCCUGGUUACUGGCGCCAGUUCCGGCAUGGGCGCCGCUAUCGCUCAGGAGCUGCUCAAGCACGGCAUCAACGUCGUCGGUCUCGCCAGGAGGGUGGAACUGAUCAAGGCUCUUGAAGUGAAGGGGUCGCCGGGCAAACUGUACGCUAUUCAAGGAGACGUAGGACAGGAAGAAAGCAUCCUCUCAGCUUUCAAGUGGAUUAGGGAGAAUCUCACUGGAGUCGACAUCCUGGUCAACAGCGCUGGUGUCGAUCACGAAACUGAUUUUGUAUCCGGUGAAACAGAGCACUGGAGGCAGAUGAUGGAGGUGAACGAGCUUGGCCUGGCGAUCUGCACCAGGGAGGCGGUCCAGGACAUGAUGAGGAGGGGCGUCGACGACGGCUUCAUCAUCCACAUCAGCAGUACAGCGGCGCACGUCCCCGUGUUCAGCGACGGCCUCGGGAUGCACUCAGUCAACAAAACAGCUGUGAGGGUCAUGGCUGAAGGACUCAGGAAGGACCUCGUCGCCAAAAAGAGCAACAUUCGUGUUGGGCAAAUUUCUCCAGGGCUCGUGAAAACCAAUGCGAUUAAUCAGUCUGAGAAGUGGGCACAGAUCUUCGAUACAAUGCCUUACCUGGAAGUGGAAGACAUAGCAAAAGCUGUGGUCUACAUGCUUUCCCAACCUCCAAGGGUACAGGUUCACGACAUCAUUAUUCGGCCAACAGGAGAGUUUUACGAUUGAUUUUGCACUGAAUGUUCCUUUCAACGUACUGUAAUUUCUAAUUCAAAUGUUAACAAAACAUCUGUUUCAAAGCUAUAUAUAUAUA